CUCGACCAGGGAUUGAACCUGGGCCUCCGAAGUGAAAGCGCCAAGUCGUCACCACUGGUCAGCCAGGGGAACUGCCGCAAUUUUAAAUUUUUAUUGGCUGUUUCCUGUGAUGUCUGACCUAGGAAGAGCUUUACUACCAGAGCUUUUCUCCACCCAACAUUCUAGUUCUGAGGCAGAAUUCUCUGUUCUACUUCAGGUUGCCAGAGUCUUCAGCUUACAGGGCUCGAUAAUGAAACUGAAGCGAGGAUCGUUUCUGUGGUACCUUUACCUGGACAAGCUGUAUUGCUUAUUAUCCGUGAGAAAUGUGAAGGCCUUGGUGGAGUAUUUUCACCUUCUUGACGUGCACCGCAAGAAAACCUUGAAUGAUGUGCUGUUUUACCACUUCCUUCAUCAUGUGACUGACUUGAAACGGAACCAGAUCACAAUUGUGUUCAACAUGCUGGACUGGAAUGCGGUGGGCGAGAUUGGUUUUGACCAGUUCUACAUGCUGGUGUGCAUACUGCUGGCACAAGAGAACCAUUUGGAAGAGCAAUUUAUCUUUCGCCAUUCCCGGCCUGUUUUUGAGUUGCUUGACCUGGAUGGGGAGCUGAAAAUUGGCCCAGACAACUUGCACAUGUACAACUUUCUCUUUAAUAUUAAAAAAGAGCAACUUAGAGACCUCUACUAUAACUUCGACAUCACAGGUGACCGCCUUCUUAAUUACAAGGAAUUUAAGCUGUUUACUAUCUUCUCCAUGGACAAAUAUCAGGAGAGUCAGAAAGCAGAGAAAGAGAAGAAGAAUGAGAAAGCUUUACUCCAAAAGAAAGUGGCACAAGUUAACGAGAGCCAGAGAGAGAGUCUUGUUGGAACAAAACAGUUUGAAAGUAUAAGUAAUUACAAUUGUUAACAUGUCUUAAAAAUAAAUUUAGAACAUCAAAGUAAGUAUC